CUAAAAUUGUUUGGGAUAAUUCGUUACUUUCAAAACGCUAUGGCUUGGAUUGUUUCUACUUUUGGAACGGAAACUUUCAGACGAGGCGUCUUUUGUAAUUCCUGUAAAAGUCUUCUUUCAAAAAAACGCAGUACUUUCUUUAUUCUAAAGCUGAAUAGAUGCACCAUGAACCUAACAGAUGCCUCCUUAAGUAACAUGACGGAGAGAGCAAAAAAAGGGCUCAUUCAACAUAAAAAGGAAGCAUUUUGGUUUUAUCGAUUUCUUUCUAUUGUUUAUGAUACUAUUGUGAACCCUUUUCACUGGACAGUAGAAAUGAGAGAUACUUCCUUGAAACAAGCUGAACUUGUUAGCCGAGACCUGAAAGUUUUGGACGCUGGUGGCGGUACUGGUUUUACCACAGAAGGCAUAGUCCAGUACGUGGAUGCCCAUAACAUAACGCUGUUAGAUCAAAGUCCUCAUCAAAUGGCUAAAGCGAAGAAGAAACCCAAAUUAUCCAGUGUAAACUUCGUGGAAGGAGACGCCGAGAAUUUGCCUUUUCCAUCGAAUUCUUUUGACCGUUAUAUUUCAGCAGGUAGUAUAGAAUAUUGGCCAGAGCCUCAGCGAGGAAUUUCAGAAGCAUACAGGGUCUUAAGGUGCGGUGGAGUAGCCACCGUUAUUGGCCCUGUCCGAGCAACUCAUUGGUUUUCAAGAUUUUGGUGUGAUCUUUGGAUGUUGUUUCCUACAGAAGAAGAAUAUCGUUAUUGGUUCCAAAAGGCGGGCUUCGAAGAUAUUCGUGUGUCUUAUAUUGGCCCUGCAGCUUAUAAAGGAAUUAGAGAGCACGGACUUAUUAUGGGUUUGACUAUAAGUGGUAAGAAGCCUGUUAACGGACCUAGCGAACCGGUAUGUCGUUUGGGUCCGAUGCAGGAGUCUUUAUCGUCGCCUUAUACUUGGCAACAAAAACUAUUGUUUCCAUUUCGGUGGUUAUUAGGUUGCAUCGCUGGUUUCUACUAUUUCCUAUUGCCAUUCUUUAUUAUGUUCUAUGCAGCUGUUUUCAUGAGAGAUCGACCCACUAAAGACUCACAAACCCGUGUCUAGUCCCUUAUACGGAGUAUAUAAAGUGGCUUUGCUUAUU